UGUUUGCUUUACUUCCCCUUUAGCCUAUGCCACAGUGCAUUUUAAUUAUAUUUUAUUUACAAUAAUCUCAAAUCACAACCAUCGCGUUCGGUAAACUCGUCCAUUUAUCUUCGUCCAGUUCCGGCCCGUUUCAAGCCUGGGUGCUCCAUCUUCCUCUCUCUCUUCCCAAAACCCUCGCCACAGAGCUCCUUCCGUGGCGCUUCUUGCUAGAAAAACACCAACACUGUCCUCCCAGAUCUCCGAAAGCGUCCGCCGAAAGAAAAGCAAGGAAAUGAGAUUGGAGACCAUCCAAGUUGCAAAGGUAUAUCGCCAACUUCUCAAAGCUGUUGAUAAGCAUAUUGGUAAAGAUGGAGGCAAAAGACAUUUCAGGGAUUUUAUAAUCGAAGAGUUCAGAAAGAAUUCUAAUUUAUCAGAUCAAGCUGCUGUUCAGAAUAAAGUGAAGCUUGCUCAUGAUUAUGCAUUCCUACUUAACAGCGUGCAGCAUCAUAAGGAAUUGCUCCUCUCUUACAAUAUAGCAGUGGAUCGAUCAGAUGAAAUGAAGAAGAUAUUAAACAAGUCUGCUGCUAGUGUGGGUCUUCAGCUUCCUGAUGUUUAUCAAGCUUGAUAGUGGGCUAUACAAUCACUGCAACUGUGAAACUGACAUUUUUUUCAGUACGCUGAAAAAGUUAAUUAUAGCUUGUUAAAAUUAGACCUGUCAUUGAAUCUGUUAUGUUGCUGGAGAGAGCAUACACUGUUCUGUUCUACCGUUGGUCCCAUGGUCUUUGCAUUCAUUGUGAAAGGCGAACCAUUAACUUGAACCCAGGAAAUUAAGGCUACAGAGGCUUAUCUUAUUCUUAAAACUCUGUUGUCAAGCUUUUGGGCGAUGGAACUUAGCCCAUGAUAUUUUUCCAUGGAUGGCGAUGCCUUACCGACUGAACUGGAAGGUCAUUUGCGGUCUCUGAUAUCGAGAUUUUCUCUUUGCUUAGAGGCCAGCAUUAAUUGAAAUGCAUUUGCAAGUGGUUGUGGUCGGAUUGUCGACUUUAGAUUUUUGCAUUUAGAUUUUAAUUUGAAUGUUGAAAUUUGUAGGCCAAACAUGGUUUAAAUGUGGUUUCCCCAUGUGCAUUUGUACUACUUGAAUUUUGCUGUUGCUACCUGCUGUGUACCGAGUGAUUCAUUCUUGCAAGGGCCUUAGCGAGCA